AUGUCACGGUUGAAUAUUCUCAAGCAAUGGUUUGGUGAAAACAAGAUUGCAUACGAUGAAGAAAAAAUCAGGAUUGAACAUGACACCAACAAUGGAUUUAGAGUUUUUGCAAAACAAACACUAGAGGUUGGCGAUAUCCUCUGUGCUAUUCCUAAAGAAGCCAUUCUCUCCAUCAAAAAUUGUGGUGUGGCCGAUGUUUUAGAGGAACAAGGUUUGGGCGGUCAACUUGGACUUGUCAUUGCACUAAUGUUUGAGCGAUCGUUGGGUGAAAAGUCGCCUUGGUACGGAUACAUUCAGUCUCUGCCUCUUCGAGAAAACAUUCCUUUAUUUUGGGAAAAAGACCAACAAGCAUGUUUAGAUGGAACGGCAGUAGCACAUUUGCUUGAACCCAUGCCUAAAGAUCUCAAAGCUGAUUACAAAGAGCACGUUGUACCUCUUGUUAAAGAAAACAGCAAAGUAUUCAAUGCUGCCAAAAUGACAUUUGAUGAUUUUACUGCCGCUACUUCGUUGGUAACCUCGAGAGCAUUCAGAGUGGAUGUGUAUCAUGAAGAAGCAAUGGUUCCAUUGGCAGAUCUGUUUAAUCAUAGAACAGACGGCGAACAUGUUCAUUUUGAAACCAAUGCGCAGGUGUGUUAUUACUGCGGUGCAAGCGGAGUUUGCGAAUGUGACAUGGUGUCGAGUUCUGAAGGUUCAAGCGAUGAGGAUUGGGAAGAUCUUGCUGCGGAUAACGAGCUCGAGAUUGAUCAUGAUAGCGAAUCGGAUAGCGAGAACGAGAUCGUUUCUGAUCGUAAAGAAUGGGCAGAAAAGGGUAGUAAGGAAAGUGACACUGAAUCUGUAUGCAGCUGUCCUUCCGACCUGUAUUGCACAGACUCGGAAGAUGAAAGCGAAGAUGAGUUGAUUGACGAUGGCAUCCUGGCUGCUGACAUGAUUGAAAUGUCAGUGGUAUUGUCUGCAAAACGUGGCGAGGAGAUUUUCAAUACCUACGGUACUCACUCCAACGCCGAUCUACUGAGUCGAUACGGAUUUGCAGAAUCAAAUAACCCAUAUUCAACAGCAGUAAUUUUAUCAUCAGAUGUUGUCAAGCAAGCAGCCAAACUUUAUUCUUCAAAAUCAGCCAUUGAAGCCCGUCUUGUUUUCUUGAAUGAAAAGUUUCCAGAUCUCAUGCAUGAUCUGCUUGGAACCAUAUCUAGGAAUCAAAAACUCGAUACACCAGCACACGAUCAUCAGCCGGAUCAAACAGAGCUUGGGUGUUGUGAUGAAGACAAUCACGACCACCACAGUGAAAUGGAUGACGAGGAGGUUGAAGUCGAUCUUGAUUACAUGCAUAUUGGCUACGAUGGACAUCCUUCACUCGUCACAUUGUGUACUGUUGCAGUUCUUGUUGCUGACAACGCACUUUUUAGUUUCUGGAAUCAAGACUUAUCCUCUGCUUUAGAAUACUUUAUGCGCAUUCACAAUGGCGUUUGGAAAGAUACUAUCGUUGUGCCUGUCAGCAAAAAAAACAGUAGGAAGCAUAGCAGAGCCAGUUCUAAAUCAAACUCUUUUGUCGUGACGCAAAAAGCUAAAACACCCACAACCAAUGUAUCUGAUGGCUGCUCCCCAACUAAAAUUGCAGUCUUCCAGUUUAUUAGCCAACUUUGUGCAUACCAACUAAAACGUUACCCGACCAAUCUUCAAACUGAUCGUCAGCAACUUCAACUACUUGAGCAGUCCAAUAUAUCUACUCAAGAUUCCAUGCACAUCAAGUUUGCACUGAUUGUGCGUAUUCAAGAAAAAACAAUCUUGAAGCAUGCUAUUGGAAUCUGCGAUGGUAUUGAGCUGUGA